AUGAGACACAGAUACUGUUGUUCUCCUGAUCCAAGUGAUGUCAGAGACAAUGUAAGGGAAUGGCUCUGUAGGAGUGAAGCUGAUCAACGUGAUAAGUUGUUAGCCUGUGGGACCCUUAUUGUUGCAGAACUUAGGCUGCUGGUUCUAAAAGAGACUGAAUUCACUUGUUCUGCUGGCAUUGCUCAUAAUAAGAUGCUGGCCAAACUAGCAAGUGGUAUGAAUAAACCUGCACAACAAACUGUUGUACCAUUCUCAUCUGUCAAGGGAUUGCUUGAACCGUUGCCGAUAAAGAAAAUGAAACAGCUUGGGGGAAAGCUUGGGAAUUCUUUGCAACUUGACCUUGGUGUGAACACUGUUGGGGAUCUAUUGCAGUUUUCAGAGGAGAAGCUACAAGAACAUUAUGGGAUAAAUACUGGUACUUGGUUAUGGAAUAUUGGGAGGGGAAUCAGUGGGGAAGAGGUUGAGGGUCGCCUUCUUCCCAAGAGUCAUGGUGCUGGGAAGACAUUUCCUGGACCUCGGGCCUUGAAAACGAUUGCUUCUAAACCAUUGGGCAACCUUUAUUAUAUAUCUUCGGAGGUCUCUGGUUCAUACUCAUGGAAAAAGUUGCCCCAAACAAGGUCUGGGACUGAAAUUCCAAAGAAUAGCCCAAAAAUUUCCAAAGUUCAGGAAACUUUGGAAAAAUGCAUCCAGAACAUGGAUCAACUCCAAAACUACUACUCUCCAAGUCUGCCAAGCAGGUAUUUCCAAACAUUGACCAAUACUCUUUCUUUGUACAGUGGCGAUUAA